CCGGGUCAGAGUGAGGUUGCUUCCUGUUAGUAUCCGGCUAGCUACUCACGUGGUUUCCUUUGGUUGUCUGUUUCUGUGUUUCUAUAUUUACGUAAUCUGUCGGCAGUCAUGAUCAGGUCAGUGCUGCUGUGCAGGUUAACCUCCCAUGUAUUAUCCUGUACCAGAGGAUCAUGUCUGCUCACAGGUCGGAUGUCAUACGGUUUGCAGCCUCUAUCACCAGGUCACACACCAGUCCAACACACCUUCCAUGGACACCAAAUACCUAAAGUCACAGGCUUGACCAGAUACUCAGACUUGUCCACUCAGAAGUACACCAUGAUUUACACCCUGCCUCACAUAAAGCUCCUCAGAGCCAUAUCCAGGCUCAAACUGCUCCAAACUGCAAUCACCGUGGUCAUCUUGCCCCCAGUGUAUGUUCUCUACUUCCAGGGAGAAGUUCCCUUCUUUCUUGUCAGCUACACGACAGGGAUAGCGCUGUUUGCUGGUGUCAUGCUCUACACUGCCAGUCACUUCUUCAGGAGGGUUGUGGGGAUGAUGUACCUUGACCCGUCCCAGACCACGCUCAAAGUGUCCCACCUGACCUUCUGGGGCAAGCGCCAUGAUUUCUUCCUGCCCGUGUCGGAUGUCAUGACCAUUGGGGAUGCAGGGGACGCUGCAAAUGAAACCAUACUGAAACUUAGGAGAUACAGCAGUCCACAGACUUUGUAUUUCUCUACUCAUUUUGGACGUGUGGUGGACCCGCAGGGGUUUGAGAAAGUGUUUGGAAGUUUGAAAUGAUUAUUUGUCAAAAUGUAAAGACUCUCCUUAGUCUCUUAAAUAUUGUAAUUAACAUAUCGGAUGUUAUGAUCUGAUUUACAUGAAAUACAAAGCUAAAGAUUGUACACUGGAGGACUGUCGCUUUGUUCAUUUCUGACUGAUGCCAUGUUAAACAGACAUUUAAAUGUUAUUGGUCUGCUGCGUUUACCACGCUUGUGAUUGUAAAGUAGGAAUACACAUUUGAAGGCCUCAGCCGGACUGUGGCCUUUAGAGUAAACAUGCAAAGGGUGUUUGCCGUCAUAUGCUCAAAUUACUGUUGUCUGGUAAUCAGUGAUUUAAUGUGUGAAGCUGGAAAUAAGUAAAGUAAAACCUAAAAUCUUCAUCA